ACUCUCACUCUCCACAAUCCCAAAUAUCUCUUAAUUAAUCACCUUAAUCCAAAAUGGCUUCCUCAAGACACUUUCCAAUUAUUCUCUUCUCAUUUACCUUAGUUUUUCUCAUCCAAACAUCUUUUGGAGCCGAUCCACUUUUCCAUUUUUGUUCAAACUCGGGUAACUUCACGGCCAAUAGCACAUAUGAAUCAAAGUUAAAAACACUCGUAAAUUCACUUAUUUACAAAACACCAUCAACAGGUUUUGGCACUGGAUCAGUGGGACUGGUCCAGUACCAAAACGAACAAGCAUAUGGACUUGCUCUUUGCCGUGGUGAUGUCUCAACUUCAGAGUGCAAAACUUGUGUCUCCGAAGCAUCCCAAGAAAUCCAAAGUCGAUGCCCAUUCAACAAAGGCGCAAUCAUAUGGUACGACUAUUGCUUAUUUAAAUACUCGGAUUCAGAUUUCAUUGGUAAGAUUGACAACUCCAAUAAAUUCUAUAUGUGGAAUUUGAAUGUUGUUAAUGACACUACCACUUUUAAUUACAAGACUAAAGAUUUAUUGAGCCAACUUGCACACAAAGCUACUAUGAAUCCUAAAUUGUAUGCAACGGGAGAGGCAAAGCUUGAGAAUUCAAAGACACUUUAUGGUUUAACUCAAUGCACUAGAGACCUUUCUAGUGAUGAUUGCAAGAAUUGUCUUGAUGUUGCAAUUAAUGAACUUCCAAAUUGUUGUGAUGGAAAAGAAGGAGGUAGAGUUGUUGGGGGAAGCUGCAACUUUAGAUAUGAGAUAUACCCGUUUGUCAAAGAGUAAUAAAGAUAUAUAAACCUUAUAGCACUACUAGCGUGCAUGAAUAAAUAAACUUUGUUAUUUUCUUUCA